AUGGACCACGGCAGUAUGGACCACGGCGAACACAGCGGUCAUGGUGGCAUGGACAUGGGUCCCAAAUGCACGAUGAAUAUGCUCUGGAAUACCCAGAUAGAGGACACUUGCAUCGUCUUCAAGGAAUGGCACAUUUCCUCCAAGUUUAUCUUCGCUAUCAGCUGUCUCGCCAUUGUUGCCAUCUCGCUCGGCUACGAAUGGCUGAGGGCGUACCAGCGCAGCGUGGACACCCAGAUCGCGCUUGCGCUUUCGCGGGGCAAGGGUCGCUCGUCAAGCUCUAUCAUGAACGUUCCCGUCCCCGCGCGUACACUCCGCGCGGUGCUGUACGGUUGCUCAGUCUUCAUCUCCUUCUUCCUCAUGCUGGUAUUUAUGACAUACAACGCGUAUCUCAUUCUCGCGGUCGUAGUUGGUGCAGCUCUUGGCCACUAUGUCUUCGGUGCGCAGAUGGACGUUGAAGCCGUCCUGUCUGGUUCUGGCUCUGGUAAGGGAAUGGCGUGCCACUAG